AUUUACGGAGUUAUGCCUUACGUAGCUCCUGAAGUAUUAAAAGGAAAGGAUUAUACUGAAGCAGCAGAUAUCUAUGGCCUUGGUAUGGUAAUGUAUUUUAUAGCCACCGGAAAACAACCAUUUUUUAAUUGUGCACAUGAUCAAAAUUUAGCUUUAAAUAUAUGUAAUGGAAUUAGACCUGAGAUAAAUGAUUUAGAAGCACCAAAAUGUUAUAUUGAUUUAAUUAAAAGGUGUUGGGAUUCAAAUCCAGUUAAUAGGCCAAAAGCAACUGAAGUAGAAGAACUGGUUAAAUUAUUUUACUAUUCAUAUAAAUAUAAUAAAUCACAUGAAUUAGAUUUUAAAAUGAUUAUGAAGAUUGAAAAAGUACAAGAGCAUUAUGAGAUUGAAAAGCAAUUUAAAGAAGCAGAAGAAUUUAAAAAAUCAAAUAAUUUAACUGUAGAAAAUAAUCCAAUUACUCAUUCACAAGCUAUUUAUACAUCUCAAUUACUAAAUCCUUUUAUAAAUGAUCUUCUCAAAAUGUGA